GAUCCACGUUAUAUACGGUGUAGCGGUGGGUAAUCCAGGCCCAGAAAGUAAAAAUCCAUUCCAUGGCGUUAUAACAACUGCCUAGGCGGCUCUGCUGCAGCUGAGUAGAAAACCAUGGGAUAGAUUUGUACUUUUUGGACCUGGAUUACCCACUUAUUAUAUACGAUAUUGCAACUUUUACUAUUAAUAUUAAUAUUACCUACCUCUAAUAAGGGGAGUACAUGAGUUACAGAUCAGAGAAAGUCAAGAACGCCGUUUUACAAACUAGGUAUGGUAGUUUAGGUUACGUCCCUGUUCUCCCAGUUCUGAAGUGAAACAUGGCAGUUCAGGCUUUCUCGUUCCCCAUGCCUGAAACCAGAUUCUUCCAGGUUGGCCAGCAGGUUUACAAGUUUAAGAUAAGACAAGGAAGCAAAAUAAGUUGUGAGGAGGAAUUAUUGGACAGUGAGUUUGUCAGUGAGGAGCUGGAGGACGCUGUACGGGUGGUGCUCAUGUGUCUGGACAAUCUCCACCCAUUCACCACCCAGCAUUUCACCAUCUUCCCCUAUAAGAGUAGGUGGGAGCGAGUGUCAGAGCUGAGUUUCAGGAAGGGGGAUGUCAAGCUCUCUGCUUACCCUUUCCUUAUCACCCUUUAUGUGGAGACUAAUGAUCCGGUCCCUCAGCACACAAUGGAUUAUUCGUGUGAAUGGGUCCCUCCAAGUAGUGAGAGUGGUUCGGACAGUCCUUAUUUUCCUCCAAGACCAGCAUGGGAACCCAAACGCAGGAGAACAGAGCAAACACAAGAGGGCGCUCAGAGCCUGGACAACCAGCACAGCAUGGCGGAUUCUCCCCAUCCACACCAUCUCCAAGAGUCUCCUUACCUGGCCGACAGUGCAGAAGGGAUGGCUUGUGGCAGCGAGUUACAUGCUGAUUCAGAGGUGCCUUCCCAUCCUGCUCCAGGUGCCAAGAACCCAGCGACUGAGGAUGAGUCACCGGAGCAGGACACCCCUGAGAUCUCUGGUUGUGCACCCAUUGUAACAGGAAAGCCAGGAGUCCUCAGUAGACUGGCCAGAAGUGCAAUGUUCCCCUUUUAUCUGCUCUUCAGCAGAUCAUGAGACAGAUCAUCAGUCUUAAUUGCUGUAAAAAUGCCUUAAUUUUAAAUUAAAUUGACUGAUAUUUAAGUUUUAAGCUUUUUGCCAAUUGUUAAAAUGUAUUAUAUGUAUGAGCUAGGAGUAAGAAAGCUUUUAUUAAUUUAUUUUUCAUUUAUUGUAAGAGGCUGACUUUUGUGGGAACUAGAUUUUAGUGCAUUAAAUCAAAUUGCAUUAUUUUUGCCACUUUCUUUCAAAAAAAGAUUUUUUAAAUAAAUAUUCAGUGGAAACUCUA